UUCCUAUUGGCAGUUAUUGUAUAGAAAUUUGGAAGGAAACCGCGUAAAUUCCAGAAAGAAAAAUUUUUCGUUUUUUGUUAGAUUUUGAAUAAUGGCUAAAGUUCAUAUAACAAAUGUAGUUGUUUUAGAUAAUCCCAGCAGUUUUUUCAAUCCGUUUCAAUUUGAGUUGACAUUUGAGUGUAUAGAAGAAUUACGUGAAGAUUUAGAAUGGAAAAUGAUUUAUGUGGGUUCAGCGGAAUCUGAGGAGUAUGAUCAAAUACUAGAUACAAUAUAUGUUGGUCCAGUUCCGGAGGGAAGACAUAUAUUCGUUUUUCAAGCUGAAGCCCCUGAUGUUACAAAAAUACCCGAGCAGGAUGCAGUUGGAGUUACAAUAAUAUUAUUAACGUGUUCGUAUAGAGGUCAAGAAUUUGUUCGCGUAGGUUACUUUGUAAACAAUGAUUAUGGGGAACAAGAAUUACGGGAAAAUCCCCCACAGAAGCCUCAAUUUGAAAAAUUAACUAGAAAUAUUUUAGCAACAAAACCACGUGUAACACGAUUCAAAAUUAAUUGGGAUGAUAUUCCAACAAGUAUUCAAGGUUUUGGUGAUGAUAUUAACUUGAAAGAACAAAUUUCGACGAACAGUGAAACAAAAUUAAAUGAUGGAACAAAUUGCUACACUAAUGAAAAUAUAUCUGAACCAUCGCAUAUUGUAGACGAAAAUAGUUUAAUAUUUACCUUAGAUCGUACAAAUGAUAAUUCGAAUUCUUUAUUAAUGGAAUGUUAAUUUAUUCAGGUAUUCUUUGCUAAUAAAAACGAAACAUAAAAUUAAAGUAAACUUA